AUCUGUUUCCCGGGAGACUCUGGAAAAUGCAGGGGCAGAGUCCCCAACAGCAGCUGAGGGCUGCAAGAGACGAGGUACCUGCUUGUGGAGUUUUUUGUCCCGGAGCAAGCUGUGUGCUCAGACUUGACCAUGUUUGGGCAUGGAGGCUCGACCCAGAUGGAACUGAAGACUGCUUCCCUAGAGACCAACUGGAGACCAAACUUCCUGCUAGAGCUCCAAGGCCUGACUUGGGGUGGGGGCGGGGGUGGGGGCCAGUGGAGAGAAACCAUCUGCCAGCGGAGACCCAGGGAACUAAAUGACUGUUGCCUCCAGUGGCCAUGGGGAAGAAGCUGGUGAUGGCCCAGAAGCGCGGAGAGACGCGAGCCCUCUGCCUGGGGGUGGCGAUGGUCGUGUGUGCCGCCAUCACUUACUACAUCCUGGGUACCACUGUGCUGCCCCUCUACCAGAAAAGUGUGUGGACCCAGGAAUCCACCUGUCACUUGAUUGAAACCAACAUCAAGGACCAGGAAGAGCUGGAGGGCAGGAAGGUGCCCCAGUACCCAUGCCUUUGGGUCAAUGUAUCAGCUGUGGGCAGAUGGGCCAUGCUGUAUCACACAGAAGACACUCGGGAUCAAAACCAACAGUGCUCCUAUAUCCCCAGGAACCUGGACAACUACCAGACAGCCUUGGUUGAUGUGAAGAAGGUCAGAGCCAAUUUCUACAAACACCAUAAUUUCUAUUGCUUUUCUGCACCUCAAGUCAAUGAGACCAGUGUUGUGUACCAGCGCCUCUAUGGGCCCCAAAUCCUCCUCUUCUCCUUCUUCUGGCCAACCUUCCUGCUGACUGGUGGCCUUCUUAUCAUUGCCAUGGUAAAGCUCAACAGGUCCCUCUCCAUCUUGGCAGCUCAGAAGUAGACCAAUCUCUUCUGCACAGCAGCAUGGAGUCACCAGGAACUGCAGGGGUCCCGGGCAGGCAUCACUCUCUUCCUCUUGUCUUCCAUUUAAUUUGUUCAACCUCUUUGGACAGUCAUUUCUUGCUCAAGAAUGUUUAACAGCUCUCUCCGGUUGACUUCGAAGGGCAAAGGACCUGCCAGUCACAGCUCUCGAUCCCCGGCUUCAGUUGGCUCACAUCUGUUACCUGCUAUGUCACUGUCUACUCCCAAGACGAUGAAUAUCGUCACCUCUGUCCCUAUGUGCUCUCUCUUAGUUCCUCAGAUACCCACGUUUGACAUCCAGGAUGCUGUCCUUGGCCAAAUUCAGCUUCUUUGAAUUGUCAUAAAAGCCAAAGCUCUCA